AUGUUUUCAGAUUUUGGAUCAUAUAUCUGCAUUCAUUUUUUUUUCUUUGGUUUUCACCGUUUAUUAACAUUUUCCCAAAUGGUGUUUAUCUAUCUAAAUGCUACUGGUGAAACUUUUGAUAUCUUAAUAUCUGGUUCUGAUAUAUUUCUUGGUAUUUCUCCUUGGCAGCAGAGUGGGAAGCCCCUAUGUUGAAGAGUCAGGAUUCUACAUGACUUCUUUUGCGGCAAUGAUCUUCAUUGGUUUGCUUGUAACUGUUGAGGUAUUGUUUAUAACAUUGCUGAUUACAUUAGCCGUAAUGUUGCAGACCUGUCAAAGCAGGAGCAAAGGAAUUGUUGAGAUUCAAAAACCAAGUAAUUAUCAGAGCUAUUGCAAAAUUUUUUAUCUACAAGCAGAGCUUAAUAGUUUGGAGGCACAUGAGCUUCCUUCAGUUUGCAGGAGUCUUGCUAUUGAAUAUAUCAGAGAAGGACGAUAUGCAAGGGAUUUGAAUUUCACAAUGUGGAUGAUUGAGAGUUAUUUCCAUUCUCUUACACCAUUGCAUGAUGGUCCAGAUGUGGUGCUAAUGGACAUAGAUUUGAACGUUAUGGCUGCAAUGGUUGUAUUGAAGAUGCAAAACAACUGAAACACCUGCUAACCUUGCAAUUAUACAGAAGACUUCGGUCCAGAGGGUGGCCGUUGAUUCUAUUAUCAAGGAAGCCUCAGAGAGUACGAAAUUCCACUGCUGAACGCCUCAUUUCUGCGGGAUACAGUGGCUGGUUUUCUCUGAUCAUGAGGCCAGAUGAUGAAACGCAAAUGGAUACCAAUGAAUAUUUCUCUAGACGAAGGGCAGUUCUGCAGAAAGAAGGAUUCAACGUAAUUGGUGUGAUUAGCUGCCACAUGGAUGCUUUAACAGGCUCGUAUUUGAGAAAACGUAUUUUUAAGCUUCCAAACCCAAUAUAUUUCAAAUUUGAGAAACAAAUGGAAGCCUGGAGACCUUCACAAUAGUCCAUAUGUGGAGCUGGCCUAGGCAUUUUAUUCAUUUAUUCUUCACAUACCGGUUCUUCAUUUUUAUUCACAAUAGUCCAUGCCUGGAGCUGGACCAGGGAUUGAGUGUUCUGUGCAACACAAGUUUCGACACCAGCAGCUAUCACAAAAUAUUUUAGCUGUAGAAAACUAUUCUUGUG